AUGAGUAUGAUGUAUUACGGUAAUCUCACGGAGAUGUGGUGGAAUUUCUCUCUUUUGGUGGAUAAUGCGGUUCUUUUGUACGAACAACAACGCAAGAAGAAGACCGUUUCUUGGAAACAUGAAGACGAACAGAGAAUCUUCUUUUACUUCCCAAGAAGACCAAGAUCAUCGUCGGUAAAGAAACCUCUUCGAAACCUUAAAGAAACCACUUCUUCUUCUCCGCUCUUCGAUCUCAACAAGAUUCCCUCAGAGAUGACAACGACAAAAAACCCACAAAACCUUAGUUCCCUAUCAUCUUCUUCUUCCUCUUCGUGCGUAACAGAGAACAACAACACAAGCCGCAAGAGACGUGCCGUGCAAGAAGGAAACCCUAGUUUCAAGAAAGCAAAGAAGGUCUCACCUUUAUUCUCAUCAUGGGAGGGGAAAGAUACUCCGGAUUGGAUGAUCCAAUUGAUGAGAAGCAUGAGAGGAUCCUCAGACCCGAUGCUAAUCUUUGAGAAGACUCUGUUCGAAACAGAUGUCAAACCAAGCCAGAGCCGUCUCUCAAUCCCUUUCCACAAACUGAUCCGAAAAGACUUCUUGACACCUGUUGAGACGAGAAUCAUGGAGGAAGACAUCAACAACAACGAGAAGAUGGGUGUGGGAGCGGUUCUUGUUGAUCAAGGCACUAGGAAGUGGGGUGUGUUUCUCAAGAGAUGGGAGAUGAACGGUUCUUGGAACUACGCUUUGGUUUGUGGUUGGAACGAUGUCGUCAAGGCCAAUGGAUUGAAAGGUGGCGACAUCAUUAGUCUUUGGUCUUUCAGGUGCCGAGGAGUCCUCUGUUUUGCCCUUGUUCCCCUUCCCAUGUGA